AUGUUGACGAACAAGAACAUUCAAUUGGUUGAUUGUGAAUCAUUAUAUCACAUUAAUGAUGACAAUAUGACUUUCAGCCAAAAUGAAAAACAGAUGACUCGAAAUAAUUGCUUGAAAUAUUGGGCAACUUGGGGUUGUAGUGGUGUUGGCAUUGGCUUCAACGGCUAUUGUGCUGAUCGAACUGGUUGGUUUGCUAAGGUUGCAAAGGGGUGGAGAGUUGAUCACGAAAACUUGUCGUUGAAUCCUCCUAAUUCAAUCGAGGGUGCCGCUUUGGAUAUCUUCUCUGUUUUGGACGUUCCUCUAGCGGUGAGUUUAAUUACCCACGAGAACCAUGCUAUACAACUCUCUCUAUUGACUCCAUAUUGGCAACAUCUCGAUAUCCCUCAUGCGGCCUCCAACUUCAUUUGGCCUUACGGCCCAUUAUCUGGCCUCAUAGUCCAGCCCAUUGUGGGAUUUUUUAGCGACCACUGGACCUCUCGUUUCGGCCGUCACCGCCCCUUCAUUGUUGCCGGAGCAGUUUUCAUCAUUGAUGCAGUUCUCCUGAUCGGUUUCACAGUCGAUAUUGGUUACCACACUGGCGACAGUCUAGAACGGCCUAUGAAGCCUAGUGCGGUGGCAGCGUUCGGGUCAUGCUGGGCUCUGUUAGUAGAUUUAUCCGGUCAGGAUCAUCACAGGAUGAGGAAUGCAAACGCCAUCUUCUCUUUCUUCAUGGUGGUGGGGAAUAAUAUAGGAUAUGCAGCUGGUUCCGUCGACGAAUUACCCAAGUUGUUACCAUUUUCACGAACAAAGGCUUGUGAUAUUUCAUGUGCGAAUUUGAAGACUUGUUUCUUCUUGGACAUCAUUCUGCUCACACUAGUGUCGAUAGUAGCGAUUCUAUUGGCGAAAGAGAACUCAAACAAAGUAGCAGCACUGUUCAGGCAAUUGGUGAUUGCAUUCAGGGGUUUAUCAUGGCCCAUGUGGAUUCUAUUAUUGAUUACUUGUUUGAAUUGGAUAGCUUGGUUUCCAUGGGUGCUAUAUGAUAUUGACUGGAUGGGGAAGGAGGUAUAUGGUGGAAAUGUGGAAGGGAAUGCGGAUGCGAAGAGGUUGUAUGAUAUGGGUGUGCGUGAGGGAUCGCUGGGGUUGAUGUUGAAUUCAUUGGUGUUAGCAUUGGCUUCGACAGCUAUUGUGCCGGUGUCGAACUGGAUAAGUGGAGUGAAUAGGUUGCGGGGUGUGGUGAAUAUUCUCUCAGCAAUUUGUUUGGUUGGGACAAUUGGGAUUACGGAGGUUGCAAAGGGGUGGAGAGUUGAAGGGUGA